AUGGAAGCAGAUGCUUUGACGAAAGCAGCCUCAACAGGGGAGCCCAUGGACGAGUUUGACAAAAUCCAGUACAUGCCAAGCAUAGAUCUACCUGAGGUACAUCAAAUUGGAGGAGAAGAAAAUUGGAUGACUCCAAUAGUCAUCUACCUCAAGGACGGAAGGCUUCCAGAGGACAAGGAUGAGGCCAGGAAGUUAAGGAUUAGAGCUUCCAAGUAUGUUCUCAUAGACGAGGUGUUGUACAAACGGGGUUUCUCUCAGCCCUACUUAAGGUACUUUGCCCCGGAUGAGUCGAACUAUGUAUUGAGAGAGAUUCAUGAAGGGGCAUGUAGGAAUCAUUCAGAAGCAAGAGCAUUGGUUCAUAAGGUCAUCCGUGCAGGAUAUUACUGGCCAACUAUUCAACAGACGCAAAGGCUUAUGUCAAGGUGUGUGACCAAUGUCAACGCUUUAGCAAUAUUCCCAAGAGACCAUUAG